UUUUCUGAUGCUACUAUAUCAGAGGUAUCUCCAUUACUUUCUCGGUGGAAGUUGUAAAUAGAGGUCUGAGCCACCAACACUGCAUGUUGACAGUCGUGGAAUAACUUCAUUCGAAUCCGCGAAGAUUUUUCAUUUUUCUCUGCAAAAUGUUGGCGAAGGUGUUCCGUGCUGCUGCCAAGCAAACAGUCAACCGUGCAUUCUCAGUCAGUGCCUCCCAUGGGAUCAGUUUUGAGCUCAACGAAACCCAAAACCAAUUAAAAGAGACGGUUGAAAAAUUCACUAGAGAAGAAAUAAUUCCCGUGGCCGCUCACCACGACAGAACUGGAGAAUAUCCUUGGGCAAUUGUGAAGAAGGCUUGGGAGUUGGGUUUCUUGAACAGUCACAUACCUCAGGAAUAUGGUGGCCUCGGUCUAGGAACGUUCGACGCUUGUUUAAUUGCUGAGGCCCUGGCCUAUGGAUGUACGGGAAUUAAAACAAGUCUUGAAGCGUCCGGUCUUGGACAAGCACCAAUUAUCCUAGCUGCCAACGAUGCCCAGAAGAAGAAGUACCUGGGACGACUCAUUGAAGAGCCACUGGUGGCUGCAUACUGCGUGACAGAACCUGGUGCGGGCUCAGACGUAGCUGGAGUAACUACAAAAGCUGUGAAGAAAGGAAACGAAUGGAUCCUGAACGGCACAAAGAUGUGGAUCACCAAUGGAGGUGUGGCUAACUGGUACUUUGUACUGGCCAGGACCAAUCCAGAUCCUAAAACGCCAGCUAGUAAAGCAUUCACAGGAUUUAUAGUAGAGAGAGACUUCGCGGGAGUCACGCCAGGUCGCAAGGAAAUGAAUAUGGGUCAGAGGGCAUCAGACACUCGUAUGGUGACGUUUGAGGACGUUCGAGUGCCAGCGGAGAACGUUCUCCGCGGUGAGGGUGAUGGUUUUAAGAUAGCUAUGGGUGCAUUCGACAGAACGCGUCCCCCAGUGGCGUGUGGUGCCGUUGGUCUUGCUCAGAGAGCCCUCGACGAGGCAACCAAGUACGCACUCGAGCGAAAAACCUUUGGUGUACCAAUCGCCCAACAUCAGGCGGUCGCUUUUAUGCUCGCAGACAUGGAAAUUGGGGUGCAGACGGGGAGACUCGCCUGGAUGAGGGCAGCCUGGGCGUCUGAUCAGAAGGAUCCAAAUGCAGGAGUCCUUGCUAGCGUUGCCAAGUGCUAUGCUUCUGACAUGGCUAACAAAGUUGCCUCUGAUGCCGUACAGAUAUUCGGCGGAGCUGGGUACAACUCGGAGUAUCCAGUUGAGAAGCUCAUGAGAGAUGCCAAGAUUUAUCAGAUCUACGAGGGGACAUCGCAGAUUCAAAGACUCAUCAUAUCUCGUCAAUUAUUCAAAGAUAUGAAAAACAAAAUGACAUAAUUGUUAUUUUCUGUUAAAUUUUAAAGAGAAUCGUCUUUCAUCAAUGGCAUUGUGCCAUUACCGAUAUUAUUUUCUAUAUUUUUAUGAUAGAUUAUUUUGAUAAGGGAGUGUGCAAGUAUUUUUUUUGUGCAAAUCUCGCAAAGGGCGAUGACUAUCCUCUGAACGGUCAAAGAACACAGUACGUGAAUUUUUUUUUUGCAUCAUUUGGAGGUAUGGCGCCGAAAAAUCCUAUCCUGUGAAGAACAUUGUUCCCAUAAAUGAGGAACCUUGUUUUUUAUUGCAAUAUGUAAGAAAUUUCUCUUUACACAGCCGUGAUAUAUUUUUGAAAUAUAUAUUUUUUCCAUCUA